AUGCACUGCGCCAUCAGCGUGCCUUUCCGCGAACCCAGGUCCCUCAAAUCACCCAACCGGAGAGUGGAGAGCCGAGCGCCGAGUUCCCGCUGGGAUCGCUUCCCGACUCCACGCCUAGGCCCUCCCUCACCCCCAGCUCUGUCUCGACAUCCCGUGAAUGCAGACCUACGAGGUCUGAAGCCGGAGAGUGUGCAGGAGGGACCAACGACACACCAGGCCAAGAACAAGCUGCCCCGAGAGCGGCAGGAAGUCCUGGGUCCCGGGACGCACCCUGGCAGCGAGGGGGACCAGGCUCUGCCACCGAGAAACGAGCUCGCCUUCAGCACCAGCCGGAGCGACCAAGCCGGGCCGAAAGGAGCCUCCGAGAAGUCCCUCCCCGAGAAUGCAAGCGCGGGGGCGCCCACCUCGACGCGGACAGCGCCGGCGAGCGUCAGGGCGGAGCGUCAGGGUCGCGGGAGCAGCGCCGGGGGCCAAGCCCCCACUGAGUGCGGGCCCAGAGCCCGCCCCCGGCCGGGCGCACCCUCGGCCGGCGCCAAGGCGCCUCUUACCCGCGCCGGCGCCGCCUCCGCCAUGGUGACCGCCGCCCUCAACACCGGGCCGUGUGCUACCCUGGGCUGCGCCGGACCCCGAAGAAAGCUGCCGCCGCCGUGUUGA